AUGCAGUACGCUCAGCGGAGGCUGGACAAUAGUGGCCCUGUGGUCAGCACACAGAGGGAGCUGUUUUCAUUGCGCAGCAAUAUCAGCCUCUUCAUGCCCGUCCUCAUGGCGGCUGAGAGCAGCCGUAUCGUCUGUGGACGCAGCAGAGGCAGGAUGGAGUCUCACAGACUGAGCAGCUCCUCGGACGUAAGGAUACAGAAGGGCUACGGGCUGCAGGGCAGCCCCAGAGGAGGCCAAGACAACCAGUUCGGAGUGAGGGUGCAGGUUCAGGGCAUCAAAGGCCAACCCUUCGUCAUUCUGAACAGCUCCACUCAGGACAGCCACAAGGACAUUUCUGUCAUAACCCACCAGGCAGGGUACAACCCCGGCAUGGUGAGGAGGUCUGGGGAUGAAAGACAGUCUCCGUCUGAGGUCCAGAGGCCUGCCAACCCCUCUGCCUUUCAUUAUCAGAAACACCCAGAGAUCCUGAGACCUUAUGACCCUGAAAGUAAUAGUCUGAACCUCCUUGGUCCUUCUCAAAAAGCCUCAUUUUCUCGACCUGGGCAGCCACACUCUGACCUCCCCUCUGAGGGAACCCAGGCCUCUCAUGUAACCAAACCAAGGAUCCCCCUCCCAGCAGAGGGCCCAGAACUAGAUCCAGCAGAGGUUAUCCAAAAGACGUAUGCCUCGGGUGGGCAUGUUCCUGCACGACCGCCAAGUGCAGUGGAGACAGACUCCAUCGUGUCUGUUGGGAAGCUAAUAAGCCAGUUUAACAGCAAUCUACGGAGGGGGAGGGGUCCAAGGAACAAGCUGGACCUGGAAGCAUGUCGGCGGUCGCGCAGCGUGGACAGCAGCCGUCCCUCAGACGCCUCCUUGUCCCCCUCAACCGGUAGAGCCUCAUCUAUGAAGGGCAUCAGGGCAGAAACCCCAGGCGGGGUGUAUCCUCCUGGUUCAGCCAGGGCUAGACUCCUCAGUGGAGAAGCCACUUUGACAAGAAAGGGAGAGGAGACCCAAACAAGGACACUGACCAAAGGGCAGCGCGGCAAAGAAACCGUACCGGUACAGGCCGCAAAACCCUCUCUCAUAGGAGGAAAAGCCUCUUUGCCCAGACCAGGCGGCGAUCAGUCUGCUGAAUCUGAGGAAAGAGACGCACAGGUCACUCCUGAUCUUCUGAAAGGACGGCAAGAGCUGUCAGCGGAUCCCCCCGAAGACACAACAAAGCAAAUUCUGUUCACUUACCUGAAGGAUGGGACGACUGAUGAUGACUCCACUACCCAAAGAAAAGUCAACCUGCUGCUUACAAGAAUAAGCGAGCUGAAAUGGAGGACUGCUGAGAAUGUGGAGGAGGAGGAGGAGAAAGUAUACACAACAGAGGCGAAGCUCCUGCUGGACAAACAGGCAGCUCUGGAAAAGGAAGUGGCUCAUUUAAAGCAAAAACUGGAAAUUGAGAUUAAGAAUGAAAUGACUUUAGCCAAGGCCUUUGAGAAGGCCAGGACAGAGAAGAAGAAGCUUCUGGAGGAACUGAGCAAAAGUCAGGCCGAGCUCCGCCAACUCAGGGACAAACUUGCUGACAUUGAGGCAGAACUUCAGUCUGCUAAACAAGAACUGACUCAGAUGAAGACAGAGAGAGAAAUAUCUAAAGCAGAGAUGAAAGACCUUCAGCAGCAGCUGUCCGACAUGCACGAUGAGUUGGACCAAGCUAAGAAGGGAGAGGUGAUAAAUGCAGAGAAGGAGCUCCUUCUUCGGGAUUUGGCUCAGCUGCGCUGGGACUUUCAGGAGAUGCUGCAGGUUAAGGAAGAGCAGGAGGAUGUGCUGCAGCACAGGGAGAGGGAGCUCAGCGACCUGAAGGGGGCGCUUAAAGAGGAGGUGCAGACUCACGAUAAAUAUCUGGCUGCUUUGAAGGAAGAAUAUGAACAGCAGCUUGAGAAGCUGCUAACGGACUUAGAAGCUGCCAAACAGAGCAAUGCUUUGCUGGGUCAGGAGAAGGUUGUAGCAGAGGAGGAGAAAGGCACGGCUAAGGUCCAGCUGAAGGAGCUCGGCCAGGAGAGAGAACAGCUGAGAGGAAAGGUCAGAGAGCUCAACAACAAGACGGAUCAACUCGGUCAGGUGAUCCAGGAGUGUAAGGCCGCAGAGAGACUGAUGGAGCAGCGGACAAGGCAGCUGGAGAGGGAAAAGCAGCAGCUGGAGGAGAUGCUGAAUGAUGUGAGAAGGAACGAGGAGGAGAUGUGUCAGUCUAACCAGUCUUUGCUUAGUCGCCUGGAAGAUGUGCAGAGUAAGCUGGCCAAACUUAACCACGAGCACAGGGAGCUGAAAGAGAAACUAAAAGAAGAAAGGAAACAAAUUGAGGAGUUGUGGAGGACAAAAACCGAACUAGAAGAUGAGAGAAUGCUGCAGGACAGGGCUAUGGAGCAACUGCAGAGGAAGAUGAAUAACAUCGUGGAGGAGUGCGAGGCGUCUACAGAUGUACUUCAGAACCAGGUCGAUGAGGCCAAAGAGAGGAGUCAGAGGGAGCUGGCUGAGCUGCGCAGGCAGCUGCAGGAAAAGGGAGCAGAGCUGGAGAAGUCCAGACAGGCAGCCAAAAAACUGCAGGAAGAGCUGCUUCCUUUGGAGGAGGAUCUGCGGCGGUGUCGCAGGGAGCAGCAGGAGGCCCAGCAGAGGGGGGGGCAGCUGGAGCAGAGGGUGGAGGAGCUGGAGGAGAAGAACGCCGCCACACUGGAGGAGCGAGAGCGGCACGUCAAACUCAUGGAGGGGCGCAUCGGUCAGCUGGAAGAAGAUCUGAGUGAAGAGCGCAGCAGUUCUGACCGCCUGAUGGAACGGAUGGAUCUGAUGAGGAGCGAGCUGUUGCAGGAGCGGGCGAUCAGGCAGGACCUGGAGUGUGAUAAGUUGAGCCUGGACAGGCAGGUAAUGACCCCUGACCCUGCACACUGCAACACUGAGGAGGAGGAGAGGGCUGAGGAGGGAGGGCCAACGCUCUCUCUCUCACAGAAUAAAGACCUGAAGAGCAGACUGACUCAUUUGGAAGGUUCGCAGAGGACCAAUCAGGAUUCCCUCGUGUCCAAACUGAACAGCCGCAUCCAAGAGCUGGAGGAGAGGCUGCAGGGGGAGGAGAGGGACAACAACAACCUGCAACAAGUCAACCGUAAGCUGGAGCGUAAGGUGAAGGAGAUGAGGAUGCAGGCGGACGAGGAGCGCGUCAGCCUCCAGACCCAGACCGAUCAGCUGACUCAGAGGCUGAAGACGGCAAAGAGGCAGAUGGACGAGGCGGAGGAGGAGAUCGAGCGUCUGGAGCACUCAAAGAAGAAACUGCAGAGAGAAGUGGACGAGCAGAUGGAGGCCAACGAGCAGCUCCACGGCCAGCUAGGUGCUCUGAGGAACGAGAUGAGGUCGAGUCCUGCCUUCACUCUACUGCUGCGGAAGAAGAAAUCCUCCUCCAUUAUUAAGGUUGUGGAUGACGAGUUGUUUGGGUGUGGCUCAGUGGCACAGACUGUCCUGAGUCGAAACACGCUGGGGGAGCCUCUGACCGUCCACAUCGGCUUCUCCGUGGGCCUCAUGAUGGCUGCGUAUGUGGCCGGCGGAGUCUCAGGGGGCCACGUGAACCCUGCUGUGUCUCUGGCCAUGGUGGUUCUGGGUAAACUGAAGAUCUGGAAGUUUCCCUUCUACGUCAUCGCCCAGUUUCUUGGUGCUUUUGCUGGAGCUGCUGCAGUGUUCGGGUUAUAUUACGAUGCUUUCAUGGACUUCACCAGCGGGAUUCUGUCUGUGACUGGAAUCAAUGCAACAGCUCACAUUUUUGCCUCAUACCCUGCCAGACACCUGUCAGUCCUCGGUGGUUUCAUUGAUCAGGUGGUGGGGACGGGCAUGCUAGUUCUGUGCAUUCUUGCUAUCAUUGAUGGUGGAAACAUCGGAGCUCCUAAAGGUGUGGAGCCGCUGGCUAUUGGCCUGAUCAUUAUGGCCAUUGGUGUGUCCAUGGGACUCAACUGUGGUUACCCCCUGAACCCGGCCAGGGACCUGGGGCCCCGGCUGUUCACAGCCGUGGCAGGAUGGGGGAUGGACGUCUUCAGCACGGCGGACUACUGGUGGUGGAUCCCCGUGGCGGGGCCCAUGGUCGGGGGAGUGGUCGCGGCCGUCAUCUACCUCCUGUUCAUCGAGCUGCACCACCCCCGCGACGAGUCCGAGAAACACCAAGAGGAGGAGGAGGAGGAGGAGGAAGAGGAGGAUGACGAGGACAGCAGUCUGAAGGACAAAUACGAGAUGAUAGCCAUGAGUUAGGAAAACACUGACCCUCACAGCCCACCGGUUUUUACCGUCAACCAGAUGAAGAACAGCCGGCCCAGUUCCCAUGUGUAAGGACAGGCUCCCCGUGUCAGUGUGCUCUCUAUAGCAGGCUAGGCUGUAGUUCCACCUCUGGUUGGCUCCAUGUUCUGCAGAGAAAAGCUUUUCAGCCCACUGCCAACCUCCACAGGUCCACAAGAAGUCAAACGAAUUAGACAAUAUCUACUGUAACUCCACAUAAAGUUUUACGGUCUGUAAAGUGGGCAAAAAUACUCAUCCUCCAAAACACUGAGCCCUCACUUCAUCAGUUUUAAUGUAAUUUUUUUUUUUCAUGUCCUAUAAACGUUCAAGUUCAUUCCAGUCCUGUGUCCUUUACACUGUAAACUGAAUUGUUAACGUCACAUAUUUGUUGUACAUAUUGUACUGUAUGCAUAGAGUCGAUUCCCCACCAAAACUAACUGAAUGGUAGCUGGACGUGCAUGCAGGCAUCCUUUUAGCGUUGGCCCUAUUUACCUUGUUGAUGCUGUCUUAAGUUUGUAUACACUUGAAAACGUGUUCCUCUGACUAAUGUUACAGCACGAGGAACUCUGGUGUUCGUUUUUUCAAUUUGUUUUACUCAGAAUUGUUUGUCUACAUUAAAGUUUGUACA